AGCUGUCACUGUGCACCAUUCGCUAGCACAAGAUGAGGAUUUGAAAGAAAGAUGCUGAACUAAGUGUGGAGUUUGGAUGACAUUUAAGGGCGUGGCAGCCACUUGGAAGUCCCCGGACUAUUUGUUUGUACAUUUGCGGUGAAUUCUAAUGUAUUUCCACGCGGCGCUGCGUCUCGUCCAGCUCUGGUUCCGUGUGAUUGGACGGCCCGCCCGCUAGUUAGCAUCCAGGGGCGUGGAGCUAGGCGAGCUGAAUGGGGGUACAUUUGUGUGCCACGCCGGUGCUGCCGAACCCUAGCGGAGACGGGCGGUGAUAUAUCUGUCGAGUGGAAUAUAUUUCUUCUCCACCUUUUAAGACGAUGGGAGGGAUGCGACGAGAGGGAAAGUAGAUACAUGCGAGCAAUAUUCCUAUUUUAAUCGACAUGGGGGUUUUGGGGUCAGUUUUGAAGCCUACGGUUGACUGUCGUGUCGCUGCUGAGAAAGUGACACUGAUAUUCAGAUAAUCCUCAUUUCGUCGCGGAUUAAUGGCGACUUUACCUUUAGCCAGUUUGAUGAUGCCGCCCAUCUUUAGCGUCGGUUGAAAGCAGGUUGUUGGAGUGCUUCUUCUCUCCCCCCCAACAAGCUCUUCAUCUCGCUUGUGUCAUCCAUGCCUGUGUUGUUGGAGGUGCGUGUCUGUUGGCCAACUGCGUCACCGAGUGGAAGCUGCAGGUAUUCUUCUGUAAACUGCACUUUGGAAAGUCUACCCAUGGACCCUAUGACCUGUACGCCAGAGUGACAGAACUCUUGAAUCAGCAUGGAACCGGAAGCGAAUUCAAACUCAGAGGAUCACCCAGAAUGGAAUCAUCAAUCACAAUGUGAACUGCAAACAAGUAUGUCUGACGCUAUGGAGGAUAGAAGCCUUGGGGACUCAGUGGUGAGAGGCAGCAGCGACCCUUCAUUCAGUUAUCAGAAGCUUGUGCAUCAGAGAUUCAUCAGGAGAAGUCUGUGGUUCUCGGACACAGAUGAGCAGUCCUUUGAGGCCUCUGAAUGUGAUCACAAGCUCCUUAAUAUAAACUUGCGAACAAUCGUUGGCAGGACACGAGGGGCAAGUGGUGGUAUACAGGAGGACUCCAGCACUGAGAGUCAAAAUAGGCUAAAAGACAGUGCAACAGAAAGUGCCAAAUCUGAUGAGGUGAAGGUAAAAAGUGGAAGAGAUGUAUUGACUGCAACAAGCGGUGAUGUGGGCAAAACCACCAUCAAGGCUGCCAGCGAGGAGACAGAGGAAGAGGCAGAGAUGAAGGCUGUUUCCACAUCUCCUGGAGGACGCUUCCUCAAGUUCGACAUUGAGCUUGGGAGAGGGUCCUUUAAGACCGUCUACAAGGGCCUGGAUACUGAAACCUGGGUGGAGGUUGCUUGGUGUGAGCUGCAGGAUCGUAAGCUGUCAAAAGUGGAACGUCAGCGCUUUAAGGAAGAGGCUGAAAUGCUGAAAGGUCUUCAACACCCAAACAUUGUCCGCUUUUAUGACUUUUGGGAGUCUCCGCUCAAAGGGAAGAAGUGCAUUGUUUUAGUAACGGAGCUUAUGACAUCAGGGACACUAAAAACCUAUCUGAAGAGGUUCAAGGUAAUGAAGCCCAAGGUGCUAAGGAGCUGGUGCAGACAGAUCCUGAAAGGCCUUCACUUUCUCCACACAAGAACUCCUCCCAUAAUUCAUAGGGACCUGAAAUGUGAUAACAUAUUCAUCACUGGACCUACAGGGUCUGUCAAGAUUGGAGAUUUAGGACUGGCAACACUGAAGGCAGCCUCUUUUGCAAAGAGUGUCAUAGGCACUCCAGAGUUUAUGGCUCCAGAGAUGUAUGAAGAGCACUAUGAUGAAGCUGUGGAUGUCUACGCCUUUGGCAUGUGUAUGCUAGAAAUGGCCACCUCGGAAUACCCCUAUUCAGAAUGUCAGAAUGCUGCACAGAUUUACCGUAAAGUCACAAGUGGAGUCAAGCCAGCUAGUUACAACAAGGUUGUGGAUCCUGAAAUCAAGGAGAUUAUUGGGGAAUGCAUCUGCCAAAGGAGAGAGGAGAGGUACACAAUCAAGGACCUCCUGAACCACGCCUUCUUUGCGGAGGAUACAGGGGUGAGGGUGGAACUUGCUGAGGAGGAUGAUGGGAAAAAGACAUCAAUAGCCCUAAAAUUGUGGGUGGAGGACCAUAAGAAAUUGAAAGGGAAGUACAAGGAAAGCGGAGCCAUUGAGUUUGCGUUUGACCUGGAAAAAGAAGUCCCAGAACUGGUGGCGCAAGAGAUGGUGGAGUCUGGAUUCUUCCAUGAAAGUGACGCGAAGACUGUUGGAAAAUCUAUUAGGGACCGUGUAGCACUGAUCAAAUGGAGAAGAGAGAGAACCGUAUCGGCUGCUAAUCAAAUGGAGGGAGGGAAUGGCUUUCAAAAGGCACCUUCUCAGUGUAUUGCUUCUAGAGAUGCACAUGCAAGACAGCCUCUUUUGGUGGAACCAGAGCUAGACUCUGAACACCACAACAGACAGCAUACCCCGCCAGCCAGUGUCACUUCAGUCACAUCAGACAGCACUUUUGACAGUGGCAAGGGUUCCACUGUGUACUCGGAUUCCCAUAGCAGCCAGCGGAGUGGCCCCUAUCAAUCCCUGCUGGAGCCGAUCGCUAUAGCAAUGCAACAGUGCCAGCGAAGUAUACCUUUUCAGACAGAUCGGCCUCACUCCUGUGAUACAGGUGAUGUAUGGGGGGAAGUGCUAAGCCCAGAGCUUAGUAUUCGAUUUGGAACUGCAGCCCGCAGAGGAAGUGCUCCUGUUAUUGAUACUUACCAUGCAAAAUGCAUUGCUCAACUACAUGCUCUAAAACAUUCUUGGAGAUCAGUCAGUUCCACCCCUGUAGUGAUAGAAAACGAAUGGGAACAUCACUCAAAAGCUGAGGCUACCAGUGGAAAUAUCACACUACCUGUGACAAGUCGCCGCAGACAUUCUGACAUUACCAAUCUAACCUGUCAUCACAGCAACCAUCUGGCAAAGCAAAGAGUUCAUAUGCGGAAGGCCUCGCUCUCUUUGCUUCAUCUGGGGUCACAGGGAGGGAUACAGCACCAUCCAUCUACUGAUUCAAAAUACUGCCUGUCCUCAAUGGGAACAUUUCCUGGAACAGGUUUAGGAAACCAUAAAGGUUCAACUGAUUCUUUAGAUUUCCUACUGCUGCAGAAGUCCUUGUUUAAUAUAAUCAAUCAGAAAGGACCACCAUGUCGCACUGCAUCCACCCAGCACCCUUCGAUUCACUCCUCAGCUUCUCACAGGACACUCAGUGCUGCUGAAGAUGGCAACCCGAAGAGUCCCCUGAGUGCCAGUUUGUUUGAUGCCUGCGAAGAUAAAUUCUUGGCACGAGAACAGCAAAUUGCUGUAUGCGUGGCCAGUUCUGUGGGCCACCAGAAUAAACCAGCUGAGUUCACAUCCCACCAGUACAUCCAGCCUGGACAAAGUUUCCCUUCUGCUCCAUAUGCUUUCCAACUCGGUGCUGCAACACCAAAUCAAGCUACUUCAUGCUCAGUCAACCUCCGUCACGGAGCCAGUGGUUGUUACACACCUUCAAAUGCGCAACAGCAGUCAGCACCAAGUAUUUCGGCAUCAUCUGGGCCCCAACAUGUUGCACAGUGUUACCAGACACAAUGUCACCAUCCACAGCAAGCAACUUUGAACUGUAUUGUUUCAACCCAGCAACAGACCUAUUCUGUGCCAGGUUAUCAAACUUCAGUUCAGCAAACAACUACAGGUGCCACAACUACUCCACCAGCACAGCAGUCAGAACAAAGUUGCCCUCUUACAUGUGCACCCUCAACUAUGGUAGCAAUGGCCCAGUGUCAUUUGGCACAAGCUGCUAGUGCUUUGCAGCAGGUUCAAGCUGUGGUUAAACUGCCAAAUCAGCAGAUUGGCCCGAACUCUGCAUCAGCACUUUAUGGCCAGCAGAUACCCAUUCAAGACUAUCAACAACCUUCCAUGCAAAAUACUCAAUGCAGUAUACAGCUAACCCAACAUGAUAGGCAGACACAUGUUCAGUGUAGCCCUGAGAGAAUGCAAAAUAUACACCAACAAAGGCCACCUCUUCACCAUUCUCAAAAUCUUCAAUCGUCUGGUCACCAAAAUGAACACACGCCUUGUCUUCAGCAGCAAAGCCAGAACUCCAUACUGAUAACCGUACCACAAUCAAGCCAGGAUACAUCCCAGCCUAUAGUACAACAGGACCAUGCAGGCACUAAUCCGCCCUAUUCUACUACCAGUUUACCUGAUGUGGACUCUCAGAGCUAUUCACAUUCUGCCCUCAAUGCUGUGCAGCGACAGGGUCAGUACCUCACCGCACAACUGUCAUCUGAUACAUCACAGGCCUAUGGAGGAGCUCCCCAGAUGCUGACUCGUCAGAGCAAUCCAGUAUCCUCACAGCAAAGCCAUGCUGCUCAGAUAAAUAAAAAGGAUAUCCCUGGUGGUCAGAGCAUUACAUCGAUUGAGCAAGAUGGAUUGAACCAUGGACAAAAUCUUUCCCACUCAGUGGGCAGUUUAACCACCCAGACAAUGUCUGAUCAACACACACUAGAAACCGCUGUCCGUCAGUACCUGCAACCACUGCAGAUUUCCGGAUCACCACCGCCACAACAUUCAUGCCAGUUUCUUUCACAGUAUCCCACUGUCCAGGUGAUGGCAGAUGUUCCUGACUGUCAGGCCUCCCACCAUCACUCACACGCUACCCCUCAUUCUUCAGCAUCUUCUCUUAACCAUGUCUUCCUUUCCCCUGGUUAUACUUACCCUGCAACUCCCUCUGUCUCUCCAAUUUCUCCUAUUCACAAUAAUAAUGUCUUUGUUUCAUCCAUAUCAAUGUUGCUCAAGCCUCCUCCUUCACCCGUGCUUGGUAAAAUGACAAUCCCAACCUCUCCAUAUGAUCAGGGCAAUUCUGCUUUGCAGCAAGGUGACGCCUGUUACUCAGAACUUUCAUUUGUACCAGUUCCAACCACACAUCCCAUAUACACACACACCGCCUCGUGUCUGAGCACACACCUGUCCACAAACGACAGUCCUCUUACACAGAAUGUGUCAGACCAGGGCACACCUGCUACCUGUGGCCAUUUGGGAAAGCAGAACCAAAGUCAAGUUCAGAGUCAGGUUUACCCUCCUCAUUUCUCUGAGUCUCAGAGAGCAUCGUCUGGAUCUGCAGUUUCCAACCUGACACAGCAACAGCUCAGUGGUCCGACUGAGGCUAACACAGAGGAUCAGGCUGCAGAAAAACACACUGGGGGACAAAGCUAUGACAGUGUCAACUCUGAUGCCACAUCAGGCAAGGAGAUGAGUGAUGGCUAUGAGGGGGCCCAUGGUGGUAAAGGGGAGGUGAAAGUCCGCAAACACCACCGCAAGUCAACACGCACUCGGUCUCGCCAGGAAAAGAUUAGCAGACCUAAGCUUAGCAUGUUAAAUGUCUGUAACACAGGGGACAAGAUGGUAGAGUGCCAAUUGGAAACGCACAAUCAGAAAAUGGUCACCUUUAAAUUUGACUUAGAUGGAGAUGCGCCUGAAGAGAUUGCUACAUAUAUGGUGGAGAACGAUUUUAUCCUGCCCUUAGAGAAAGAAGUGUUCAUUGAACAGCUGAAGGAUAUUGUAGAUAAGGCUGAGGACUUAUUGAGUGAAGGCACAGAAGGUGAGAGGAACUCAGACAAGGCAAGCAGUCCUGCGAGUGGAGGAGCUGGCACCUUGUCUAUGGAGGGAAUUCGGGCUUGUGCCCCAAGCAUUCCACAGCAGGUCUACCAACAAAAUGUCCUUCACACUGGCAAGCGCUGGUUUAUCAUCUGCCCAGUGGCUGAAAUGCCUGUCCAAGGGAAGACUCCUUCUCACAACUCAACUGACAUGGAAUCGGAAAAGUCUGCUAUGAUAUAUGUGAAACCCAUCAGAAACACACCUGCAUGUUCUAUUGCUCAUACAUCUUUAUCUUCACAAGAACCUUUGCCCAUGUCAGUGCAACUUCAAGACCAAAACACUGACACAGCCCAUGUCCAGCCACCGGAGUCCACUGUCAAUAAAACCAAACCCAAUGCUGUGGCUAUUAGCCAGAAUAACACCCUUCCUAUUGAAAAAACUUGUAUCUCUGCUGUGUCUAUAGUAACUGACAUCCCAUGCUGUGCUUUCGUGCCACCAGUUUCUCUGGAUGUCAAUACUAUUAAUAAGGUCACUGGUUUGGCUACACAAACUACUCAUGCCAACCAAACCAGUCCAACUGGGGACCCACCCUUGCAGCUGACCACUCAUCAGUCUGUGGUCCUCCAGCAACCGUAUCCCACACCUAUACCGCCGGCAUCAGUCACCUCCCAACCUCAAAGUCCAGCGCAUCAGACUUCUGUAUCAUUAGACCAUCUACAGCCAGCAAGUGGGGGGCCUGCAGAGUCGGACAGUGAUGGUCCACGUCGGGUGGAGUUUGUUUGCACCAUUAAGACAUUGGAUGAGAAGCUGAGGAAUCUAUUGUACCAGGAACAUGCAACCUCUCAGCCCUCCAGUGCUGUGUCUGACCCUCAUACCUCCAGCACAGAAGCGGUCCAUUCAACGUCUAUUUCAGAUGGCCAUAGCAGUGAGGGCCCACUUGCCAAAAAACAGGGGGAGCCAUUGCCUCAGAUUCCUGAAAGCCCAGAAUGUGUGGGUGCACUAAGUGACUCUGUUUUGGCAGCUACUAAUACAAGUCUGAACAGAAGAGAUGUGACUGUAGGACUCACAUCACCAAAUGCAAUUUGUCAUGUGGAAAAAAGCAAGCCUAGCAGCAGCACCUGCUGCUCCCCGAUGCACUCUAGUGGUUCCCUAAAGUCCCACAGCAAUGGCCCACAAACAAAUACCAAAGACGAUGUAGCUGGCGGAAGAUUAUCUUUGAAAGCUGCAACCAAUGAAAGUACUGGUGCCUCCAGACCCAAAAUUAAUAACCGCUUCUCUGCCCCACCAAACCUCUAUCAAGCUACCCCUGUCUCCAGCACUGAUGUCACACCCCAGCAUAUACCACGGGCCAUGACCAUAGGCACGCCAACCAAUCACCACUACCACCACCACUUGUCACACCUCCACUCUGAUUCUGCAGAUGAGGACAGCGUCAGCAGCAAAGCUCCUCCUCUCGCCAAUGCUAAAUCCUCAGCUCAUGCUCUACCCGAGCACAGUGGAAGCGACCUCAUGAAGAGGGCAGUAGCCUUUCUUAAGCGAUCUGGUCGGAGCAAAAGCGAGCUGAGUACUCAAUCACCCAGACGACAGCCACAGGAAAUGAAUGGUCACGCUCCUUCACUUUCUACAGGACAUACGCAGUCCUACAUCAGCAGUGACAAUGACUCUGAGUUUGAGGAUGCAGAUGUGUGGAAAGAACUACAGGAGCUGAGAAAAAAACACAUGAAGGAAUUCUCAGAUCUGCAAGCAUUUCAGAGGAAUGAAAUUGACCGUCUAUACAAAGAGCUGGGAAAAUCUCCGCCACCCAAUGUUGGCCUGCUUUAUUGUGCUCCUCCAAGUGGACGAAGACGCAAAGCCAGUAAACACAAACUAAAGGCUGGAAAAUUGCUCAAUCCAAUGGUGCAGCAGCUCAAAAGCAAUUUUACUAACACCAACACUACAGUGGAGAGUAAAGGUGAAAGUACUGGCAGUUCGUCUGGAUCUGGAUCUCCUGCUAAAAGUUUGAUUCUUUCUGAUGGUUCUGCCCACUCCUGUGGCAGCUCCAGUUCUGUCAAUCAGCACAGCACAGUCCCGCAGCAGGUCCACACCCAACAACCCUGUUCUUUGAAAGGCUCUUUCUCCUCAGACAACAUCUACACUGGGCAGCACAAUGACGGGAUGACAAACUUAGCAAACCAAGGCUGGACGGUUUACCACCAAACGUCAGAGAGAGUCACCUAUAAAUCUAGUAGCAAACCGCGCACUAGAUUCCUCAGUGGACCUGUGUCUCUGUCCAUCUGGUCCACUCUGAAACGACUAUGUCUAGGCAAAGAGCACAGUAGUAGGUCCUCUUUCAGUGCUGCUACAGCUCAGACACAGCCAUCACUCGCCUCUGCCACAACCUUACCAUCUCCUCAGUCAAUCAGUCGGCUUGCUCAGGUCCAGACUAACAACAGCAACAAUAAGAGAAGCACGUUUACCGAUGACCUGCACAAACUGGUAGAUGAUUGGCCAAAGGCUAUAUCGGCGGCCAAUCAGCCACCCCCUUCCUUGAACCAGAUCAAACAGCAGAGGCGCUUGCAGGACCUGGAAGGCCAAACUGUGUCCAUGGGAGCAGCGCCCUUUAAGAUUAAAUGCCAAACUGGUCCCAGCAAGUUGCCUUGCUCCUAUCUCCUGAUUGCUGCUUCGCACUCUAGCACAACAAGAAGCCACGGUCCCAACUACCCUCAAACUUUGCCCCCUGGGUACUUUUUGGUUCCUGGCCCUUGUUACGCUCAGCAGUGGCCUGGCUUGCCUCGGCCUAUUAAAUCAGUGAACCCCUUUUAUGCCACGUCAAAACCUGAAAUCCAAGCACCCCCUCUAGAAAUGUACAACGCUGAGAAUGACCUUAGUCCGAAAUCAUCCAGGACUACCUAAAACCUGCAGUCGGUGUGAAUGAAUAGCCCAUUUGUAUUUUGCUGAAACACCACAACUGCACGUUUUUUUCAGAGCUCGUAGGUACAGGAAAGAAAGGUUGAUAUUCUUUGUACAGUUACCAUUUGGUUUAUGACUGUGUAUGUUAUAUAUGAAAACGUAAUGCUUAUCAACUGAAACUUGGUCAUUUGUCUUACAUUACAUUUUCCCCAUUAUUGUACUUUUUAUUUCUUUGGACUAAACACAAGCGUAUACUUGACCAACUACAGGUGUAAUUUGGAAUUCAAAUGCCAGUUGGGCCCCAAUUAAUCAUUUAUCCUAUCCACAGUAUUAUUAUUGAUGGAAUGUAGUGCCUUGAACAUUAUCUUCUGCAAACAGCUUGUCGACAUACAAGUGUUUUGCUUAUUAUGUGAUGGGUCGUUAGAGUGCAGUCUUUUUUUAAUGCAUCACAGACAGCGUUUUGGUUUAUCUCGGAAUGCCAUUGUAGCACUGCACUAUUAUUAACACAACAUAUGCUCUUAUUCUUAUAAUAAAAUGUACGUUCAAUCUUUUUUUUUUAACUCUUCACCCCUGUGACUAUGCCGUAGAGGUAAAAUGCACUGUUGCCUUGCAAAGUGAAAAUAGUUAAUGUGUCACUGAUGACAAAAGAAGGAUGAAUUACGCCAGCAGAUGAAAUCCCUCUUUCAGGUCAAAUGGUUCUGUUGGACAAAGCACAAGAUUGGGUAGUGUUAUAUAGCCUUGUGGUUAGACAAAAGGCAAUGUCCAGAGCCAUAAAUGAUGUACAUAGUUCUUUCUACAGUAACUGCUUCUGGUUAGGUCGUGGUCAGAAUGUAGCAAUUAAUAUGUGAAGGCUUGAGGCUUUAAAGUGCAAUUUAAUCUUUCCCCAAAGCUUUGAUUGUGGCGUUGCCACAAGCCUUAUCUGAUGUGUGUAACAGGAAUAAGUGAAAUGUUGGAAGAAAGUAUGAACAUGGCACUAGCAAGAAAACUCUGAAUUCCCUACUGCUAAAUGUAUCUAGUACCCAGCAUCAAGUAUUGCGCGCAGUCACCAGUUAACAUGACUUUUGAAGUUAUUUGAUUUUUGAUGCUGCUAUUGUGGGAGGCACUCCACUGAACACUGAAGCCUUUUAUUUACGUUGGAUAGUACCAAAGUCCUUACAUUGAAAUGACAAAGGAUAAACAAACCGCAGUGUUACUUAAGUCUUUGACAUUUUGUUAGCUGGUAUCUGUUGCAUAAAGCAUUUUCCAUUGUCAGAUAUUGCACAUUUGAAAUAAUAGUUAGAGAUUUGCACAAGCUAUUCCCAUGAUUUUAUUUGAUUAUGUAUUUCCUUGGCUUUCACUGUCUUUAAUGUUGGUAAAGGUCACCAAAAUGUGGUCAACAUUUUUUCCCCCACAAAACCUGGAGCAAGCAGUUAAGUUAUUGUGGUGCAAUAUCUACACAACAUGUAAGAAUGGAUUUAGGACCCUGAUCCUUCCAAGCUGUGAAUUGUACAGCUUUGUUGUAGUGUAAACUGUAUAUUUUGUGUAUGCAUAAUGGAGAGGUUGGUUUGAUGUAUGGUAUACCAUCAAUUCAGUUUGAAUUGGAAUUUUAUAGUAAGAAUCCUCUGCUUUGGGGACAUUCUUCCAGUUGCAAGAGAUUUCUGUUCUCUGGUAUUUGUAUCUGGAAUGUGUUGUUUUGAACAGAGUAAGGGUACUUCUUGUUGACCAAGUUGGUGGCAGAGAUCAAAAGGCUCAAGUGCCAGUUCUGACAUUGUAUCCAUCCUUGCAUGUCUCUGACCAACAUUCCCUUGCAGUGACUAUGCUCAGAUUGUGGAUAAACUUGUAUUAAAAGUGAGUGGGGUUGCUUGCCUGUCACAUUUCUUACUGUAUCUCAUACCCUGCUGCACUGUAUGACACAGAUAAAUAAAUUUUAU